GCGUCAUUCGCUCAGUUUGCGCCUGGUAACAGCAGAGAGUACCGUGUUUCUUAUAUUUUUAAUAACAGAAGAUCAAUUUUUAUGGUUUAACGACUCAAGAUAAUUCAAGAUGAAGAUUUUUAUAUUCACGCUGUGUUUAGUUAGUGCGGUUUUUCACAGUGCGUCGGCAUCAGAAAGCGACUGCAAGCUGAACCUCACAGCGGAGCACGGCACAAUCACCUCCUUCAACAAGAACUGCACCUGGACCGUCAGCCUCCCCCCCACGAAGCUAAUAAAGUUCUUCUUCUCCCGCAUAACAAUGCGCAAUCCCCAGAACUCCUGCAUGAACAGUCUCUCGAUCAACGAGACGAUCAACGCAAAGGAGUCAAGCCUCGGUCUCUUCUGCAACGACUCGACCCCGGCCCCCCUGACAACGACCUCCUCCUCGGCGCGCAUCCACUUCCACUCCAACAACUCUAUCCUCCAGAACUCCACAAACUCCCACUUCCAGCUAAUCUGGAUGUCCCUGGACAAUCCAAACAUGACCCUCCUGUGUUCAAAAGACCUGAAAGAGCCCUCGGGCGUCCUAAUGUCCCCGAAUUACCCCAAUGGCAAUCCCCUCCCCUUCAACUGCACCUACAAGAUAAUCCAAUCGCCGGGUAAAAUUAUCCAAUUGAGCCUGACCGAUCUCCACAUAACUAACGACAAUAAGACCUGUUACAACCGCUUGAACAUAUACGACGGAGAUGACGAUAAUUCAACGAUGAUUGCCUCAAUUUGCGACUCCAAGUACUACGUGCCCAGUCGGGUGUUCAAUUCGAGUACGAAUUACAUGACGAUUAAAAUAAUCGCGGAGAGGCCACUGGAGAAGUACCAGGGCUUCCACGGGGUCUUCGACACCAUUGACAACAGGUGCGGGGGAUUGCUGAAGGAGAAUGGAAGCAUCCAGAACCCGGGCUUCGGGUCGGGGUACGAGCCCGACCUGAAGUGCAAGUGGAGGAUUCAGGCGCCCAGGGGCAAAGUCGUGACGAUGAAGUACGCGAGCUUCGACGUCGCCUGGCAUGAGGCCUGCGGGGCCGACUACGUGGAGGUGGCCGAGGUCCAUGCCAACGGGACCAGGAAGGUGCUCGGGAAACACUGCGGGAACAACGUCCCGGGGGCAAUGGUCAGCAACAGCUCGGCGGUGGACGUCGAGUUUAGGAGCAAGGAGAAGGGCAGCUACAAGGGAUUCAAGCUUGAUUAUUCCGUUGUUGAUAAGAAGAACGAGAUGUGAGGGGGAGAGGGGAUUUGGGGACUGUAUCUGGGGGAAGGAUUGUAUGGAAUGGCUGAAUAAAGAGAUUUAUUAAAGGA